AUGCAUAAAUAUACAAUAGAGCAUUCAUUACUGCUAUUGAGAAAAAAUACACUCAGGCUUUCUAGAAGUUCUAGAGCCUUCCAUAUUAUCAACAAGAAUCAGACUUAAUUAGUUCAAAGAUUCAUUAAAACACCUCAGUUAAUGUUCUUGAAUAGUAAUAUCUCAUAUGAAUAUAUCAAUGUUAAUCUAGGCCAGAGAUAAUUCUCGAACUCUGAAGGUUAAAAGAAAGAAGAAGAGCAGCCAAUUGAAGUAGUUAUUGAUGAGCUCACUAAGGAGGAAUCAGAACCAAUACUUAAGGAUUCAGAAAAGAUGGAAUUUAAAGCAGAGACUAAGAAGUUGCUUGAUAUUGUAGCCAAGUCAAUUUACACAGACAAAGAAGUAUUCUUGAGAGAGUUAUUAAGUAAUUGCUCAGAUGCACUAGAAAAACAGAGAUUCAAGCAAGUAUCUGGGAGUUCACAAGGAGGAAAUGAUCUAUAUAUCAACAUCACUACUAACUCAAAAGAUAGAGAACUAGUUUUAUUCGACUCAGGUAUUGGAAUGAGUAGAGAAGAAAUUAUGGAUAAUUUGGGAACUAUUGCUAAGUCAGGUUCACAAGCUUUUCUCAAGGAAAUGAAAGACAAGGAUGUUUCAUUGAAUGACUCUAUUAUUGGGCAGUUUGGUGUUGGUUUUUACUCGACCUUUAUUGUCUCUGACUCAGUUGAAGUUUACUCUAAAGCUGAGGGUCAUAAUGGUGUUAGAUGGGUCUCAGAUGGUUCAGGUGAAUAUGAGAUAUCAAAUGCUGAUAACUUAGGCUUUGAAAGAGGUACCAGGAUCGUCCUCAAGUUGAGAUAAGAUUGCAGAGAAUUCUCAACUGAGAAUGAACUUGAAAAGAUUAUCAAAAAGUUCUCACAAUUCAUUAGUUAUCCAAUUAAGCUCAAUGGCCAAAUGCUGAAUAACCUCUAAGCCAUUUGGUAUCGUGACAAGAGAGAGAUAACUACUGAUGAGUAUGAAAGAUUCUAUGAGAGUGUUGCAAAGACCAAAAUUCCUUAUAAGUAUUUACUACAUUACUCAACAGAUGUCCCACUAUCAAUCAAGGCCCUUAUCUACAUUCCAAGCACUCAUAAUGAAAAGUAUGGUAUCUAAAAUGAAACCCAAGAUAUUAAUCUCUACUCAAGAAAGAUCUUGAUCAAAUAAAAUUGCUCAGAAUUGUUGCCAAAUUAUCUAAGAUUUAUAAAGGGAGUAGUCGAUUGUGAGGAUCUUCCAUUAAAUAUCUCAAGAGAGACCUAUCAAGAUAGUUCUUUAAUGAACAAGCUAAGAAAUGCCAUGACCAGAAGAAUCUUAAAGCUUUUGGAAGAAGAGGCCAGAAAAGAUAAGCCAAAGUACAACAAGUGGUAUGAGGAGUUCAACAAUUUCCUUAAGGAGGGCUUAACCUCUGAUACUGAAAACUCUGAAGCUUUGUUCAAGCUUCUUAGAUUCAAUGCUAACUUCUCAAAGAAAGAACUUGUUUCUCUAGAUGAAUAUAUUGAGAAAAUGAAGCCAUCUCAGGAUAAGAUUUUCUUUAUAGUUAAUCCAUAAAUUGAAUCCGCUAUGAAUUCCCCCUAUAUGGAACCAUUUAAAGGCACUGAUUUCCCUGUUUUGAUAUUAAGCAACAACAUCGAUGAGAUUUGCUUCUAACAAAGUGGUAACUACAAGGGAAAGAGUUUCGUAAAUGUGGAGACCUCUUAUGAAGAGAUUCAAAAGGAUCUUGGAAAGAAAGAAGAAUCUUCCCAUGCUUUGAGUAAAAUCCCAGAAGACGAAAUUGCUCCAUUCUCACUUUGGCUAAAGAAUGAAUUACAGCCAUAAAUUACUAAGAUUUCGCUAUCAAAAAGACUGAAAGAUGCACCAGCAGUUAUUGUAGGUCAGCAAUCAAGUUCAAUGAGGAUGAUGAUGCAAAUGAUGGACCCAUCUGCAGCAAAUGAGGGGCUUAAAGAUCAAACCCUUGAAAUAAAUGCUAGCCAUCCAAUUAUAGUGAACUUAAAUUAUCUUAGAAAGCAUGAUGCUAAAUUAGCUAGUCUAGCCACUCAUACUCUGAUUGACAACAUCAACCUAUUAAAUGGAACUCCUGCUGACGUCCUUAAGUUAAAGGAUAGAAGCUUUGAAAUGUUAGAGAAAUUCUUAGAUCACAACUUAGAAGGUCUAGACCCCAAACCCCAAAGAAAGCUUAAGGCUAAGUCAUAAGAUCUAGAGAUCGAACUACCAGAAGAUAUUGACUCUGUUCUCAAGAAAUCACAUGAGGAUCUGAAAGAGAAGAAAUCAGAUAAAAUAGUUAGAGAGCAUGUUGUAGGAAGUGAAAAUAAUAAGAAUUAGUGA